UCCACCACCACCACCCCUCCUCCUCCUCCUCCUCCUCCGCUUCAACGUCCGCCGGAGCUGUAGCGCGAUGUGGCUCUGAGCGAGGCGGCGAAACGGCUUCACCACCACCGGAUUGCAGCGCGUUGACCGACGGCGCUCGGACACCCCGUGGACAUGAGGACGCCCGCGCCCGCGACAUCUUCCAGCGAGGAGGAUCGGGAGCCCUGACCGGGUUUGGGGUUUUUUUCGGCCGAGCAGAUGAGAAAAAGAACCGUCAUGACCGUUUUCCACUCCUCCACUGAGGGACCUCGGCCCCUUCCGGUUUCUGAACUUCUCGACGCUGGGAUGAGAUAAUAAAGCCGAACAGCUCGUGCAUGCCGCUACAACGACACCUGUAGCACUUUUGUGACCCCCCCCCCCCCCCCCACCACCGGGCAAAGUUCAAGCCACCGGUCAAAAAAUGAAGACGCCGGCUCUCCUGGCGCUGUCGGGGCGUAGGAUACCCACGCUGUCGCCCGGCGCCUCGUCCUUCCCGCACCACAGGGCCACGUUGAGGCUCUCCGAGAAGUUCAUCCUGCUCCUCAUCCUCAGUGCCUUCAUCACCUUGUGCUUCGGGGCCUUCUUCUUCCUCCCGGACAAUUCCAAGCACAAGCGCUUCGACCUGGGCUUGGAGGACGUCCUCAUCCCGCAUAUUGACUCGCCCAAGGAGGGGAAGCACACCUCUGGACAGGUGGUCAUACAUGGACAGGGGGGCCAUGACGAGCACAGACACAGGGAGGAGGAGGAGAGCCUGCGGGACAAGAUCCGGGCCGACCACGAGCGCGCGCUGCAGGAGGCCAAGGAGAAGCUGAGGAAGUCCCGCGAGGAGCUGCAGGCCGAGAUCCAGACGGAGAAGAACAAAGUGAUGGAGGACCUGAAGAAGAAGGACGCGGGGCCCAAGCCGCUGCCCCCCGUCCCGUUGCCCAAAGUGGUGGGCGUCAGCGACGGGGAGCCCCCGGAGCCCGACGCCAAGGAGAGGCGCGACAAGAUCCGAGAGAUGAUGAAGCAUGCGUGGGACAGCUACCGACAGUACGGCUGGGGACACAACGAGCUGAAGCCCCUCGCCAAGAAAGGACAUUCCACUAAUAUCUUUGGAAACUCUCAGCUGGGCGCGACCAUCGUGGAUGCCUUAGACACCCUCUACAUCAUGGGUCUGCACGACGAGUUCAAAGACGGCCAGGACUGGAUCGAGCAGAACCUGGACUUCGGAGUGAAUGCCGAGGUGUCUGUGUUCGAGGUCAACAUUCGUUUCAUAGGAGGCCUGCUGGCUGCCUACUACCUUUCUGGACAGGAAAUGUUCAAGCUGAAGGCGGUGCAGCUAGCUGAGAAGCUACUUCCUGCCUUCAACACCCCCACAGGAAUCCCCUGGGCCAUGGUCAACCUCAAAAGCGGCGUGGGGCGUAACUGGGGCUGGGCGUCGGCGGGCAGCAGCAUCCUGGCGGAGUUCGGGACUCUCCACAUGGAGUUUGUGCACCUCACCUACCUGACGGGGAACCCGGCCUACUACCAGAAGGUGAUGCACAUCCGGAAGCUGCUGGCCAAGAUGGACCGACCCAACGGGCUGUACCCGAACUACCUGAACCCCCGGACGGGCCGCUGGGGCCAACACCACACGUCGGUCGGGGGACUCGGGGACAGUUUCUACGAGUACCUGCUGAAGGCGUGGCUCAUGUCGGACAAGACGGACACGGAGGCGCGCAGGACCUACGACGACGCCAUCGAGGCCAUCGAGCGCCACCUAAUACGCAAAUCCAACGGCGGCCUGACGUUCAUCGGCGAGUGGAAGAACGGCCACCUGGAGAGGAAGAUGGGCCACCUGGCCUGCUUCGCCGGCGGCAUGUUCGCGCUUGGCGCCGACGGCUCGCCUGACGACAAGGCCGGACACUACCUGCAGCUGGGGGCCGAGAUCGCACACACCUGCCACGAGUCCUACGACCGGACGGUGCUGAAGCUCGGCCCGGAGGCCUUUAAGUUCGACAGCGGCCUGGAGGCGGUGGCCGUGCGGCAGAACGAGAAGUACUACAUCCUGCGGCCGGAGGUCAUCGAGACCUACUGGUACAUGUGGAGGUUCACCCACGACCCCAAAUACCGCCAGUGGGGCUGGGAGGCGGCGCAGGCCAUCGACAAGUACUGCCGGGUGAGCGGCGGUUUCUCCGGCGUGAAGGACGUGUACUCCUCCAACCCGACGUACGACGACGUGCAGCAGAGCUUCUUCUUGGCCGAGACGCUCAAGUAUCUGUACCUGUUGUUCUCCAGUGACGACCUGAUGCCGUUUGAGAGCUGGGUCUACAACACGGAGGCUCACCCACUUCCUGUCCUCCACCGGAGAAACAUCACGCUGCCCGGCAGCGAGCCGGCUCAGCGGUAGACGGGGGGGGGGGGGCACCUGACCCCCCGCCGCCAACCACACCAACACUGGAUGAACUGACAUUGAGCUCCACUGACUCAAACGAGGGUCUUUCUUCUUUGUUUCAUCGGUUUCUGCUGCUCUCGGCUCCCCAAACCGGAGCCGCCUCCUUUUCCUGAUUUUCUUUUUUAUUCUUGUUAUUUCUGUUGAUUUUUUUGUGACAUUUGACCAAACCCGUCCUUCGGUCCGCGGCGCUCAGAGUGCAUUGUGGGGAUUCUGUGAAGAGUCUCCACGCAGACGGACGGGAGGACCUCACGUCGUGUUUCUCAUUCGGACAAAUCGCUACUGGGGGCUCAGGGUCCGCUUCUCCCUGAACCCAGCCCCCCCCCAUUCCACUUCCUGUCUGACCUUCAGAUGAACUUUGACCUUCAGUUGAGAGGGCAGGUUGUGGCGACAUUCCCCUCUUCCUCCUCUCCUCAUCUUCGUUUUUUCCAAAAAGUGGACCCUUGUAAGUAGAACAGUAAAUACAAAUGCAGCCCCCCCCCCCUCAUCUCCCCACCUCCCCCCCUCCCCUCCUCCUCCCCUCCUCCUCCGCCGGCUACGUCACCAACACCGAAGCCUCCUGCUGCUCCUUGUUUUGGGAUGAAGUUCCUCUGGGCUCUUUGCCUUCGUCGUGUGGAGGGUUGAUUCGUGCACUUUGAUUGGCGGGUUUCUGAGGGGGGGGGGCGCACAGCGAUGUGACCUGUUGCCCCGCCUCCUCACUGAGAUGCAUGAGCUCGUCAUCCUGCUGUUAUACUCUGUAAUGUUCCUCUCCGAGGCCUUCGACGCCUCCCGCCGCGCUGCAGAGUCCGUUCGGGGUCAUUUUCUCAUCUGUUCGAGGGACAACUCGCGCUCAUCACGACCAACUGCGUGAUGCUGACAUUGUAUCCUCUGGAUCCUGAUACCAGGGACCUUUUUUUAAAAUCUUUAGAGUCCGUUGGUGUCGUCACACGACUCUGGAAGAGGGGCCGAAAUCUCUGAAAGCGCCCGAUGCCAAAACGACGUGGAGACAAAUCUGGAAGCGUAGUUUUUAUCGUCGUAUAGACGGAACAUUCACGAGUUUAAUGUACAAAGAAAAUGUCUUGAGGGUUUUAGUCUCCGAGAGGCAGCAGAGGUCACGAGUCCGAUUUAGAGGUCAAGUUUUCAGCCGCAAGAAACUACAUCUCCCAUCAGCCCCGGCUCGUGUUAGCAGAAGCAACCAACGAAAAAAGGUUUUCAAUAAAACAAACGCACUUCAUGAUGGGCUCAAUAAAGCUGUGCGUGUGUGUCUGUGUGCGUGUGCUCACACACAUCAGCUUGUUGUUGUUCAUUAAAGAUUAAGAUUAAAACCAACCCCAUUAAUGUUUAAAAAAAAAGUAUUUAAAGAAGCAUCCGUCAUUAGUGGAGUUUAGUUAUUAUUUGUGUAUUACUCCACUGCAGAAAAUACUCCCCAACAAAUGUACUAUUAACUCCUCCUUUGUGUGACCACUGUGCAGGGCUUUCUUUUUAAGUAUAAUUUGGUGGUUAUUAUUAAAAAUGAAUGGGUUUGGAGACGUAUUUACCCGCCUUAUAAUUUAAAUGUGUCUGGGAAGACUUUAUAUUUUGAAGGUCUAAAGCCAAACUUCUGACCAGCUUUGAGCGGAGUUAAUAUUGAAUUAAUUCCCUUUUUCUUUAGUUCAGAAGCUUCUCAAAUCUCUCUUCCGCUUGUAGAUGAAGACAUUAUUCCCUCCAUGCUCCUCUUUCCUCAACAAUCCAUCGAUGCGGCAUCUGUCCGCCCUCUGACAUCACGCUGACAUCAUAUAUCUUAUGUGGGGGGGGGGGGGGGGUUAACCCGGGCCAACGAGUUGCUCGGAGCGACCUUGAUUUUGGAAAUUGAGUGUUCUGUAUUUGUAUUUUUACUGAACAAAAAAAAAAAAUCUAAUUAAAAGUAUCUGUAAAUAUGUUUAAAACGGAGACACAAAUUCAAUAAAGAUGUUAUUAAAAGUGAUCAUAAACGAA